UCAAAGCCAACGUGGGCAUAUCUGCAAACUGGCGGCUACAGUACCUGUACCACAGUUGAAACACAGGCAAUGGAGAAUUUUAUUGAUUGGGAAGAAGAAUCCUACCCACAAUAUGAAGAUUUCAUUGUGCUUCCUUUGUUUGCCCUUUUCUUUCCCACUGUCAGAUAUUUUCUCGAUAAAUUCUUAUUUGAGAAAGUGGCUAGAAGAUUAAUAUUUGGAAAAAGAAAGUUGGUGCUGGAAAAUGAGACAGAUAGACGGAGAAAAAGGUUACGGAAAUUCAAAGAAUCAGCAUGGAAAUGUAUGUAUUUUCUAUCAGCAGAAGUUUUCGCACUUUCAGUGACCUAUAACGAGCCUUGGUUGAAAUCAACCAGAUACUAUUGGGUAGGGCCUGGAGAUCAGGUCUGGCCCGAGCAGAAAUAUAAGUCAAAGCUAAAGGCACAUUAUAUGUAUGCCGGUGGAUUUUAUGCAUAUUCGAUAUUUGCACUUAUAUUCUGGGAAACAAGACGAUCGGACUUUGGGGUUUCAAUGAGUCAUCAUGUUGCUACAGCAGUUCUUAUUGUCUUGUCCUAUAUUUUCAGGUUUGCAAGAGUUGGCUCAGUUGUUUUAGCGCUUCAUGAUGCCAGUGAUAUAUUCCUGGAAAUAGGGAAAAUGUCCAAAUACAGUGGUGCUGAAGGUCUUGCCAGUUUUUCAUUUGUCCUUUUUGCUUUGUCUUGGAUUGUACUUCGCCUCACAUACUUCCCUUUCUGGGUUCUUUGGAGUACAAGUUACGAAGUUAUCCAGACCUUGGAUAAGGAGAAGCACAAAGUUGAAGGACCGAUCUACUACUACGUAUUCAAUUCACUUCUAUACUGCUUGCUGGUUCUUCAUAUAUAUUGGUGGGUGUUGAUAUACCGGAUGCUUGUUAAACAAAUCCAGUCUAGGGGCCAACUAAGUGAGGAUGUUAGAUCUGAUUCUGAAGAGGAAGAUGGCCAUGAACAUUGACCAUGCAAGAAGUUUUUUAUCUCCUCUGUGAAGGUACUUGAUAGAUCUUCAUAGAUUUGGAUGCUAAUGGAAAGACGAUAAUGUAAAGAAUAGUCAUCUGCAUUUAUGUGUUUUUAUUCAAGCUUCUUUACCUACAGAAUAGGCUCACAUAAAUUAUUCAUGUUCCUCCCUGCUGGAAAAAAAAUAUUAAAGAAGUUCCUGCUGUAUCUAAAACAGAAUCAUCAUUCACUCAUUUAAGAAAUCCGCUCUUGUUUCUGUAUAGUCCACAUACCAUAUAUUUGUUAUUUAACUUGUAUUUUGUAAAGUUUUUUCUA